GAAAUAGCAAAAAGACCAAAAAAAAAAAAAAAAAAAAGAGAAGUUUGUUUUUAAGUUUUCUUGUCCUGUCUCAAAGUAUAGAUAUAAUUUCAUAAGAGAAGGGACUUAGCUAUUCCAGAGUUCAGGGGAAGAGCAUGUCAAGCUGGCUUCUUUGGGAAAGGUCAUGCCUGUGGUGAGCCUUAAGGAAUGAGUAGUUUUCCGUCAGAGGGUGAGGCAGGUAGAACAUUUCAGGUCAGAGCAGAAAUGCAGAGGUCAUGGUGGCCUAGGUGUAGAGUCGAAGAAAGGAGGAAGGAGAGAAGAGGCUGGAGGAGGAAGUUUUGGGGAAGAUGAGUUCUAUUUGGGUUACAUGGAGUCUGUAUCACCCCAGUGAAAAUUUAGCAGGAAGCCGGGUGUGUGGCACUGAAGUUUAUAGGCUUAAUCUGAGAUGGAGAUGGAGAUUUAAGAGGGAGGAAGUGAGAGCUGAAAACAUGAGAGCGUUGAUUGAAUCAUCUAGGAUACAUGUACAGAGGAAAGCAGACAUUUGAGACUAGAAUACAAAUGAAAUGGACUUUUAGGAGUUCCCGCUGUGGUACAACAGGAUUGGCGGCAUCUCUGCGGCACUGGGACGCAGGUUCGAUCCCUAGCCAGGCACAGUGGGUUAAGGAUCUGGCGUUGCCACAGCUGUGGAGUAGAUCAGAGCUGCCGCUUCGGCGCAGAUCUGAUCCCUGGCCUGGGAACUCCAUAUGCUUGGGGAGGCCAAAAAAGAAAAAAACAAAUUAUGGGUAGAGAAAAAAGAGCUCAAGAAGGAGAAGGAAUAAAUAGAGAGGUGGGAGCAAAGACAAAAGAGUCUGGCAUCAUGGAAUUCCAUGGAGUAGAGUUAAAAUCAAGGUGUGAUGUUGAGAUGAAUGGCCUUGCUGUUCUGGCAAGGUAAGCACUGAAAAGGUGAAGGCAUUGCAAACAUCCGUAUGAAAAGUUUGGAUCAAGAGUGAGAAUGAAAAGCAUGGUGUUAAGAGGAAUGAAGCUGAAGAUAAGUGGUCUCCUUGAGAGAAACCUGGAUGAGAAAAAAGAGGUUGGGGACCCAGGAGGUCAAAGGAUGAGGCUGACGCUGAAUUACUUGGAAAAUUCAAUAGGGUUUUAGACUGAAAAGGAAAAGCUAGUAGAAGGGUUGAAAACAUAGGAGAGAGAGGAGAUGACACACGGGGGGAAUUUUCAGGGGAGGAAGAGCUCACACACUGAGGCUGGGGAGCUGGGGGGAAGGGUGCUGCCAAAGGAUAGCCUUGCAUUUUUUUAUGAUGUGGGAGACAAGGUUCCUAGACAAUGAACAAAUAUUCUGUGCAAAUCUCCCUACUGCAGGUCCCCUCUCUUGUCUGCAAAGAAUUCACUCUCCCUUGGACCAGCCAUCUGCAUCCUGCAGAAACAUUGCACUUACACUAUGGGAAGCGGCACCUCGAACCCACAUCAUUUUACCUUCCAGAACACAGAGAAAGCCUUCAAGGCAGCGGCCCUGAUCCAGAGGUGGUUCCGGCGCUACAUGGCACGCCUGGAGAUGAGGCGGCACUGCACCUGGAGCAUCUUCCAGUCUAUAGAGUACGCUGGGCAGCAAGACCAGGUCAAGCUCCAUGAUUUCUUCAGCUACCUGUUGGAUCACUUCACCCCCAGCAGUCACGACGAGACAGAUUUCCUGAACCGCAUAUUCACUGAAGAGAAAUGCCCCCAGGACUCGGAGAUGGAGAGCUGCGGUGACUACGAGUCCAUGGAGGUGCCGGGCAGUUACACGGGGCCGCACCUCUCCUUCCCGCUCCUUCCCGAGCACGCAACCGCCCUGGUGGAAGCUUUCAGACUGAAACAAGAGAGGCUCCACGCUCGCUACGUCUUGAAUCUUCUACAUGAAGCCAGGAAGCAUCUGGUACAACUGCCAAACAUCAACCGUGUCUCCACCUGCUACAGCGAGGAAAUCACAGUGUGUGGAGAUUUACAUGGCCAAUUGGACGACUUAAUAUUUAUAUUUCAUAAGAAUGGCCUCCCGUCACCAGAGCGGGCCUAUGUGUUCAACGGCGACUUUGUGGAUCGAGGCAAGGAUUCAGUCGAGGUCCUGAUGGUUCUUUUUGCCUUCAUGUUGGUUUACCCCAAAGAGUUCCAUCUCAACCGAGGAAACCAUGAGGACUAUAUGGUGAACCUACGCUAUGGUUUCACCAAGGAAGUGAUGCAAAAAUAUAAGACACAUGGCAAGAAAAUACUAAAAAUACUGCAAGAUGUGUUCUGUUGGCUUCCGCUGGCCACUCUGGUUGAUGAGAAAGUCCUGAUUCUUCACGGUGGCGUGUCAGACAUGACUGACUUGGAGCUCUUGGCUAAACUAGACAGACAUAAGAUUGUUUCCACCUUGAGAUACAAAACAAGAAAGGAGAAUAAGAAGCAGGCGGAGAAAAAGGGGAAAGCCACCCAGACAAGCUCUGCCGGGAGACCCUCCCCGUGGUUCCUCCCCCAAAGCCACUCUUUCCCCUCCUCACCCCUGCAUCCCAGCGCCCACAAAGCCCACAGAACCGGGCGCUCAUCCAGCGUCCCCUGUAGCCUCCCUCUGGACCCCAAGGAGCUCUCCCGGCGGGUGCGGCGCUCGGUGGACCUGGAGCUGGAGAGGUGCCGGCAGCAAGCGGGCUUCCCAGUGAUCAAGGAGAAGGAGGAGUCAUCACCCUCGGCGUCAGAAGCGGAUUUGGAUGCUGACGAGUGGCCCGAGCCCACUCAGGAGGAGUGGAGGCAGGUGGUGGAUAUACUGUGGAGCGACCCCAUGCCUCAGGAGGGCUGCAGGGCCAACACCGUUCGAGGAGGCGGCUGUUAUUUUGGACCUAAUGUGACAGAAUGGUUGCUACAGAAAUACAACCUGCAAUUCCUGAUCCGCUCACACGAGUGCAAACCCGAAGGCUACGAAUUCUGCCACGGCCGCAAGGUGUUAACCAUCUUUUCUGCCUCCAACUACUACGCAGUCGGCAGUAACAGAGGCGCCUAUGUCAAACUGGGGCCCUUGACCCCUCACAUCGUGCAGUUUCAAGCUAACAAGGCCACCCACACACUCACCAUGAGGCAAAGGAUUAGCAGAGUAGAAGAGUCAGCUCUGAGAGCCCCGGAAAAGUUCUUUGCCCAUUCCUCAGAUCUUCUUGUUGAAUUUAAGAAGCAUGAUAAAGAUGACACUGGUCUAAUCACACUGAGUGACUGGGCAGUGGCCGUGGAGUCUGUGUUGCAUCUGGGGCUACCCUGGCGGAUGCUGAGGCCACAGCUGGUGAACAGCUCACUGGAUAACAAGCUGGAAUACAAGGCCUGGCUGGGGAACAUGGCCAAAAAACAGCUGAGCCACGAGAACAUACAGUCAAGUUUGCUGGAAACGCUAUACCGAAAUCGAUCCAACUUGGAGACGAUUUUUAGGAUCAUAGACAGUGAUCAUUCAGGGUUCAUCUCACUGGACGAGUUCAGGCAGAUUUGGAAGCUGUUCAGCGCUCACAUGAACACUGAUGUCACAGACGACUGCAUCUGUGACCUCGCCCGAAGCAUCGACUUCAACAAGGACGGCCGCAUUGAUGUCAAUGAGUUCCUGGAGGCCUUCCGCCUUGUGGAGCAAUCCUGCUCAGAGGCCGAUGCCUCAGCUUGCCCUCAAGCCACAAGCAUUAGCAGUGGUGACCACAGCAGCUUUGGCGCACACUAAGGCCAGCCUGGUCUCCAAGGUGUCUUGGAUGUGAUGCCAGGCUCACUGCAGGAACAUUUCCCUUAUUCUCCAUUGAGCUAUGGAACUUUAUGCGGAGAGCUGGCCUACCCAUAUGCACCUGUAUAUUUGGGGAUAAAGGGUGAGGUUACAGUGUGUGUAUAUUUUGAAAUACAUAGGUGCCCUAGCCCCAUCUCAGAAUUUUUGCCAGGUAGGACCCAGGUGUAAAUAUUUUAAAAUUCUGAAGUCUAUCCCAGUUAAGAACCCCUGAUAAUUCAGCCCCUUCAUUGUUUCCACUGAAUACUAUUUACUGUUUUUACUUUUAUUGCUUUUUAGGGCCCAACCCACAGCACAUGGAAAUUCACAGGCCAGGGGUCUAAUCAGAACUAUAGCUGCUGGCCUACA